CAAACAACUUUCUUCCAUAACAAAAUUGUAAAAAUGAUCAACAACAUGAUGUUCUUAUUAUUUUUGUUUUCUACGACUGUUAUUAGCCAUAGAGUUGAUGAUAGUGAUAUUACAUUGAAAGAAGAUUUUGAGUUGGGAAAACACCUCAAACUUAUUAAUAAACCUCCUAUCAAGAGUAUUCAUACAGAAUUUGGAUAUAUAGUUGAUUGUGUUGAUAUUAAAAAACAACCUGCAUUUGAUCAUCCUUUAUUAAAGAAUCAUAAAUUACAGACACGACCAAGUUUUUACUCAAAAAUAGAAGAUAGAGGUGUGAAUAUUUCAUCAACUAAAACAAACUUUGUACUUAAUAAAGUCAAUUGUCCUAAAGGAUUUGUUCCUAUUCGGAGAACAACAAAAGAAGAUCUCAAACGUACUAAAUCUUUUUUGAAUUAUAAUAUUUUAGCUACAGCUACUACUCACAAAGCGGAAGUAUUUCUCAAGUAUAUUACUGGUGAUAAUUAUUAUGGAAUAAUGGGAACUACUAGUGUAUAUAAUCCAAGGUGUAGUAUUGCUCAAGCUAGCUCAUCUAAUAUAUAUGUUCGAAAUGGAGAAGGAGGCACUUUUAAUCAAAUUCUUAUUGGAUGGCAUGUAUUUCCCCACGUAUACGGUGAUGAUCGGACAUAUGCUUUCGCAGCAUGGACAUCAGAUGGUUUUGUGAGGACGGGAUGCUACAAUUUACAAUGUCGAGGUUUUGUUCAAAUCCACAGUCAAUAUCACAUUGGUGCAGUUGUGUCAAAAACAUCUGUAUAUGGUGGAGAUAUGGUAGAAAUGCCUAUUAGUAUUGUUCAAGAUGAAAGAUCUAAAAAUUGGUGGAUAACUAUUAACGGUAAAGCAGUUGGAUAUUAUCCACAAGCUUUGUUCAACAACUUGAAAACAGCUAAUCAAGUGGGAUGGGGAGGGGCUACGAUUGCUGUGGGUGCUCCUAGCCCUCAAAUGGGAUCAGGAUCCUUUCCUGACCGGAACUUUGAGCAUGCAUGUUAUUUUAAAAAUAUUGGAUAUCAGAAUGAAACUAAUUCAGCCUAUUAUGGACCUGAUCAGUAUGCGGCACAUAUUUACCAUGAUGCCCCUGAAUGCUUUGGAGUUGACUACUAUGGAAAACAAAAAAGUCCAUUUGGAUAUUCUCUUCAAUUUGGAGGACCGGGUGGAAGAUGUGGUGGAUAUUUUUAAAUUACUUAA